GUACACAUUUGGAGCUGCUCUGGAGCUAAGCAGCUCCCCCAAUUUGACAUCCCCACCUGCUGCGAAAGAAAGGAACCAGCAGAACGUCAAUCAGCCGUAGAACUACAGGAUUAUAUCCAGCUGGUCCAAAACCAGCAAUCACAGUUUUCGAAUGGCACCACAGCUGCUGCGGCCCAAGCGUCUGGCAAAGUGCCAACCACGACAAUCAAGACACCUAGCGACCUCGAGAUGAGUCGGCCGCCUUCACCUAGUCAAGCUGCUGAGGUGGUACCAAGCUGGAGCUUUCCUUCCAUGAACAAAUACCGUGUUCUCGCGGCUUGCACUGUCUACUUUGGCAAUGGCUUGAAUGAUGCUUCUGCCGGCGCUUUGAUCCCUUAUAUGGAGAAACAAUACCAUAUCGGCUAUGCGAUCGUGUCGUUGAUCUUCAUCACGAAUGCUAUUGGUUUCAUCACUGCUGCCUUCUUCACAGAUCUUACAUUGGAGAAGCUUGGUCGAGCGAAAGCGUGCAUGCUUUCUGAGGCUUUGCUGAUCGUCGGAUACGUGAUCAUGGUUUGCACACCUCCUUUCCCAGUGGUAGUCAUCGCGUACNNCUUUCUUCUUCUAGGGUUGGGUGCAGCUCUGAAUCUUGCGUUGAACAACGUCUUUUGCGCCAACCUUGCGAACUCUACUGUCAUUCUUGGAGCCUCGCAUGGCAGCUAUGGCCUUGGAGGAGUAGUCGGUCCUAUUGUAGCCACCGCGCUUGUGUCGAAAGGAGUCUUAUGGUCGCGGUUCUACACAAUCACACUUGCGCUCCGUGUCAUCUGCUUUUUCUUCACCGGCUGGGCUUUCCACAACUACGAAAAGGAACCCUCGAGCUUGAAGAUGGGCAAUCGCAUACCGCUCCGUGCUGGUGAGAUACAGCCAACCAAGCUGCAGCUGAUGAAGCGGGCUCUCAAUAGCAAGGUCACAGUGUUUGCCGCACUCUUCAUAUUUUCCUACCAAGGAUCAGAAGUCAGCACAUCCGGUUGGGUCAUCUCGUUCCUGAUCGAAGCUCGCGGUGGUGAUCCCAAGAAAGUCGGUUAUGUCACUGCAGGCUUCUGGGGCGGCAUCACCUUGGGCAGAUUUGUGCUGUCUCAUCUUGCUCCACGCAUCGGUGAGAAGCGCUUCGUUUAUAUUCUCACUGUCCUGUCCAUCGCCUUCCAGCUCUUGGUCUGGCUCAUCCCUAACAUUGUAGGCGAGGCCGUUGCUGUGUCGCUUUUGGGCUUGCUACUGGGACCAGUGUACCCGUGUGCCACGACCAUCUUCACACGUUUGAUGGAUAGGGACGUACAGAUGACAGCGCUGAGUUUUGUGUCCAGUGCUGGCAGCAGUGGUGGUGCGGUCGCGCCUUUCCUGACGGGAUUACUGGCGCAGGCUGUUGGUACAUUUGUCUUGCAUCCGAUUUGUAUAGGCUUGUUUGUCAUCAUGGUGGGCUGUUGGUACGGAUUGCCUAACAAGGUCAAGAGGACUGAGUGA